AUGUCAGCCCCCCGACACGGCAUCAGUCCAAUUGUUCCCAUGGCUCAGCCUCCCCCUUCAUGUUCAUGGCCCGACUAUCCGAUCAGCGCGCAACCCAUCGUCUGGUUUUCUGGAUAUCCCACGGUGGCAUCGCAGCAGCACAUGGCCAAGACCCUUGAGGAUUUCCGAGAUGGACGUCUCUUUGCGGCUCCGGGCUUCUGGUCCCCACCACGGCCGACGCGGCAUUCGACCCUCGCUGGUCUGCCGCCGCCCGCCAUUGCCACCACCACCGUGGCACCGCCAUUACCUCCAAGGGAGCAUAAUGCGCUCCUGGUAAGCUUCGUACUCGAGGUACGUAUCCAGACAGAGACCAGCAUACCGGAAGACGGGAGGGUCGAGAGGGUCGAGACCGCGCGCAGCUGA